CACCAUCUUUGCGCUCGGAUGAGCUUGUUUGCAUGGCUCCGAGAGAUAGGCCUCCGGCUUCUCUCUACGCUUGGACUCUACAACAAGACGGGCACGGUUGUUCUACUGGGGCUGGACAACUCGGGCAAGUCCACGCUGCUUCACAGGCUAUCCCAGGGACAAGUGACAGCAUUGCAGCCGACAGAGAGACCACACAUCGACGAGUUUCAGCUAGGGGGCGUAUCUUUCAAGGCGUGGGACCUUGGAGGACACGAGGCAGUGCGCUAUCUAUGGUUCGAUUUCUUGAGCGAUAGCCACGCUAUUGUCUUCAUGGUGGACAGCGCGGACGGGGAGCGGUUGGAAGAGGCGCACUGGGAACUGUCGGAGAUGUUGAGCGAUGCAAACUUGGAUGGCGUUCCAGUCGCGGUCUUGUACAACAAGAGCGAUUUGCCGGACGCGUGGCCGGCAGAGAAGCUUGAGGGGAUGUUGGACUUGGCGCGAUUUGAAGCCAGGAGACCAAUCAAGACGUUCGUGACGUCCGUGCUGAAAGGAGAAGGCUAUCCAGACGCGUUUCGAUGGCUGGGAACUCACUUGUAAAACAUUUGCCGAAGACCAUCGGAGAAGUAGUCCUGUUCCGGUUGGAAAUGAUGAAAACUGACGCUGUCUUACUGGACACGUCGUUGGCAGUUUAGGUGCAUAUUUAAGCAUGCAUAGUUUAGGUGAUCACUUGGGAACAGCUCUGGCCGAUAAACCCUGCCGCCGCCGGCGCUUCGGGCGGGAGGUAGCCUAGCAGUAGCGGUGGCCGCCGCGGGCCCGCGGUGCGUUUCUUCCUUGACGUUGCAGGGCCUGUUGCGACCGGACAGCCCAGGCAGGGCGAGGCUCAGCUCGUUGUAUCACCUCAUCAAGAGGGGAUUGUAGCCAUCAAAUGUACCAGUACCCUUCCAAGUAUUGCAAUGACAAAUGGGUGAAUUGUUGUCAGCGUAGGUAGUCCACUGAAGGACGAAGCGCACUAAUGCCAUGAUAGAGAGCCAAUGCACACCACGUGCUGCAAGCAAAUUGCCAGAGAGUGCGCGGAACCAAUUGCAUCGUUCGUGAUCGUUUCUCUCGAGGCAGAAGCACUCGCAUCGGGCCUUGGCUAUCAUUGUAAGGCCCUGCCGAACAUUAACUGCGCCUUGUUGCGCGGACUCUAUCGUACUUGCUAUUUCCGGCUCCCUCGCGUUCGGGCAGCCGUGCUCACUGCUGUCCCAUAGAGCUGGAAUAGGCCCCAAAUAAUCACCUUGGGGUUGUGGUGGAAGGUGUCGUCCUUGUCAGUGCUCCUUGUCACUGCUGUUUGGUCGGCUUCAACGAUUUCUCGUUACGAAACUCUACGUACAAGCAAUGUCGGAGGGUUUGUUGUAGGUGAUGCGCC